GUGGAAUGUAGUUGCCAUUAGUGGGAGUUGAGCUGAGGUUGAGGCUAACAGCUAGCCUGCUAUGUUGAGUGUGAGCCGGAGACGCAGAGUGAUGAAAACAUGCCUCACUUCACUGUGGUACCUGUGAAGGAUCAAGCUCAGUCCAACUAUGACAGUCUGGAGGGCAUUAACUGGGUGGAUUACAGGGACACUGGACAAGACUACCCUGAUCAUCAUGACACUGUCAGCUCUGAUGGACAUGGGAACCAUAAAGAGGACAGUCCAUUUCUCAACAGUGCUGAUGCUGCUAGCAAGAGGAAUGACUUCUAUGACCGGAACCUGGCUCUGUUUGAGGAAGAACUGGACAUCAGGCCCAAGGUCUCCUCCCUGCUCAGCCGCCUGGUCAGCUACACCAACAUCACACAGGGUGCCAAGGAGCACGAGGAGGAGGAAAGUGCUCAGGCCUCACGCAGGAAGACCCCCAAGUCUCCCAACAUGGGCACUUUGAUGGGAGUCUACUUGCCGUGUCUGCAGAACAUUUUUGGUGUCAUUCUUUUUCUGCGGCUGACGUGGAUUGUCGGGAUGGCUGGCAUCAUGCAGUCUCUGCUGAUUGUCCUCAUGUGCUGCUCAUGUACAAUGCUCACAGCCAUAUCAAUGAGUGCUAUUGCUACCAAUGGUGUUGUUCCAGCUGGAGGGGCAUACUUCAUGAUCUCCCGCUCUCUUGGCCCUGAGUUUGGAGGAGCAGUGGGGCUGUGUUUCUACUUGGGCACCACCUUUGCUUCUGCCAUGUACAUACUGGGGGCAAUCGAAAUAUUCUUGAAAUAUCUGGUCCCCCAGGCAGCCAUCUUUCAUGCCACAGACCCCCCUGGGAGCGACAGUGCCAUGCUGAACAAUAUGCGAGUCUACGGCUCCAUCUGCCUCAGUCUGAUGGCUGUGGUGGUUUUUGUAGGAGUGAAAUAUGUCAACAAGCUGGCCUCUCUUUUCCUGGCCUGCGUAAUUAUCUCAAUUGUCUCCAUCUAUGCUGGAGCAAUUAAAUCCAUGACUCACCCGCCUGAUUUCUCGAUCUGCAUGCUGGGAAACAGGACUCUGGCGAGAGAUCGAUUUGAUGUGUGUGCUAAAACUGUGCUAAAAGGAAACAUCACAGUCCCCAGUCAGCUGUGGGAAAAGUUCUGUCUGCCUGGGAACAUGAGCAGCACUCAGUGUGACGACUACUUCAUCCAGAACAAUGUGACAGAAAUACAGGGCAUUCCUGGAUUAAGCAGCGGGAUUAUCAGAGAAAACAUGUGGGGGGAUUACAUGCAGAAAGGUGAAAUCUUAGAGAAAGCUGCGCUUCAGUCAGUGGAUGCUCAUGGUGCUGCGGAGAACUUUGGCAUGUAUGUGUCAGCUGACAUCGCUACAUCCUUCACACUACUGGUGGGGAUCUUCUUCCCAUCUGCCACAGGUAUCAUGGCCGGCUCCAACAGAUCUGGGGACCUCCGUGAUGCUCAGAAGUCCAUCCCUGUGGGGACUAUCUUAGCUAUUACUACUACUUCCCUUGUUUAUUUCAGCUCAGUGGUCCUGUUUGGGUCUUGUAUUGAAGGAGUAGUUCUCAGGGACAAGUUUGGGGACGCUGUUAGAAAAAACUUGGUGGUGGGAACGCUCUCCUGGCCAUCUCCGUGGGUCAUUGUCAUUGGCUCCUUCUUCUCUACAGUUGGGGCAGGUCUGCAGUCUCUUACUGGGGCUCCACGUCUUCUCCAGGCCAUUGCCAAGGACAACAUCAUUCCUUUCCUUAGGGUGUUUGGUCAUGGAAAGACAAACGGAGAGCCAACCUGGGCACUGCUACUGACAGGUCUUAUAGCUGAACUUGGCAUUCUUAUUGCCUCUCUGGAUAUGGUGGCUCCCAUCCUUUCCAUGUUCUUCUUGAUGUGCUAUCUUUUUGUGAACUUAGCCUGUGCAGUUCAGACUCUUCUACGCACACCCAACUGGAGGCCGAGGUUUAAAUAUUACCACUGGGCCUUGUCCUUCCUCGGCAUGAGUAUGUGUCUGGCUUUAAUGUUCAUCUCCUCCUGGUACUAUGCGAUCAUAGCCAUGGGGAUUGCUGGGAUGAUCUACAAGUACAUUGAAUACCAGGGAGCCGAGAAGGAGUGGGGAGACGGCAUAAGAGGACUGUCCCUAAGCGCUGCUCGAUAUGCCCUGCUGAGGCUAGAGAUUGGACCGCCCCACACCAAGAACUGGAGACCUCAGCUGUUGGUGCUGUUGAAGCUGGAUGAGGACCUCCAUGUAAAAUACCCUCGCCUGCUCACCUUCGCCUCGCAGCUGAAGGCAGGAAAGGGUCUGACCAUUGUGGGCUCCGUCCUGCAGGGCAACUUCCUGGACAGUUACGGUGAAAUGCAGGCAGCUGAACAGGCUAUUAAGAAUAUGAUGGAGAUUGAGAGGGUCAAGGGUUUCUGCCAGGUCGUGGUGGCAGCUAAGGUGCGGGAGGGUGUUGUCCAUCUAAUCCAGUCCAGUGGUCUUGGGGGCAUGCAGCACAACACUGUGGUGAUGGGCUGGCCGUAUGGCUGGAGACAGAGUGAGGACCCCCGAGCCUGGAAGACUUUCAUCAACACAGUCCGCUGCACCACAGCUGCCCAGCUCGCGCUGAUGGUUCCCAAAAAUGUUUCCUUCUACCCAAGCAACCAUGAACGCUUCACAGAUGGCAACAUUGAUGUGUGGUGGAUCGUCCAUGAUGGGGGGAUGCUAAUGCUGCUGCCUUUCCUGCUCAAACAGCACAAAGUUUGGAGAAAAUGCAAGAUGCGCAUCUUCACUGUAGCCCAGAUGGAUGACAACAGCAUCCAGAUGAAGAAAGAUCUGGCAACCUUCCUUUACCAGCUGAGAAUAGAGGCUGAGGUGGAGGUGGUGGAGAUGCACGACAGUGACAUCUCAGCAUACACUUAUGAGAGAACGUUAAUGAUGGAGCAGAGGUCCCAGAUGUUGAGGCAGAUGAGGCUUUCCAGUGCAGAAAGACAAAGAGAAGCACAGUUGGUGAAGGACAGACACUCUUUGGUGCGUAUGGGAAGUCUCUACUCAGAUGAGGAGGAGGAAGUGGUGGAGGCUCCUCCAGAGAAGGUACAGAUGACGUGGACGAGAGAGAAGUGUGAGGCGGAGAGGAGGAACAGGAACAAUGCACCCGAGAACUUCAGAGAACUGAUGAGCCUCAAACCGGAUCAGUCCAAUGUGCGGCGGAUGCACACAGCUGUGAAGCUGAAUGAGGUAAUAGUCAACAGGUCCCAUGAUGCUCGUUUAGUGCUGCUCAACAUGCCAGGACCACCUCGAAAUGCCGAUGGGGAUGAAAACUACAUGGAAUUUCUGGAGGUGUUGACUGAAGGUCUGGAAAGAGUGCUGCUGGUGCGAGGUGGAGGUCGGGAGGUUAUCACUAUUUACUCAUGACCUGUUAUUAGCUGCUUAGCUGCUAUACUCGGAGCAUGGGCGUCAUCAGAAUACAUUCCAGCCCUGAACAGGAGGCAGCACCUCAGAGCUGCUUUCAGAUGGUUCUGGGUAGAGGCAUCAAUUGUGAAGUAUGGACUUUUGAGUUCAAAAGAUGUUUAUUCUAUUUUUGUAGAAUAAUGAGACACAUUGGUGUACAUAUCCACCAAUCAGUCCACAGCUCAGCAAAAAGCUGUUACAUUUGACCCUUAGAAAUCAAUGCCACAGUGUCAAACUUUAGAGUGUAUUAUUUAUAAGGUCACAGAUUUUUAUAGGUGCCAUAUUUUCGUUUUCUAUCAGCUCUUUGAUUUCUAUUUAUUUAUUUAUUUUCCCACAUUUCCCCACUGAGGCAAAAACAGUGUUACAAAAGAUGUAGCGUGUAACGUUGGUUGUGCUCUGGAGGUGGCACAAAAUGACAGAGACUGGCUUUCAGAAUUACAAAGUUAUUGAUUUGUUUUUACCAUUUUCAGCCUGUUGACAGCUGUGAAAGCCAAAUUCCUGAUAGCAUGACAGGCUAACAAGCACAACAUUGAACAAGAGAGUUUUUAAAGCGUUAUUAUUUAUGAUUUUUGGACUGAUUUUUGUGUUUCUGGCAGGAAAAAAGUAUGUGAAUGACUGCUGAUGGACUGUUUUUUUUUUGCAAACCAGAAAAGCUCAUCCAUACAUAAAUGGCUAUAAUUUAGAUCCUUAAGAUUUGUAUGAAAUUCAGACACAUUUUUUGAUAUUUAUCGUUAGCAUUUCUUUCCUGCAAAAGCAAUAAACUGAAGUACAUUGUUAUUACCUUUCUACAGAGGAACUUUAUAGUCAGUGUCCACAGUUUUCACCCUGAAUGCAAGUUAUUUUACUAAGCAUAAUCCUUGUGUGUGUGGUCCUACUGUAAACAGAUACACCCGUUACAUUUCUGUAAACGUGCUGUUACCACGGUUACCACAGGUGUUUCAGAACAACUUCAACAAUCCUGAUAUAGUUUGAGGCUUUUUUCUGAUAAGCUAAGUGUUAUCAGUGUUUCAGACUAGCAAACAGUGUCGAGAGCAGCUGCUUAUUUUUUUUCAGUGUAGACGAAACAAUCAGCAUGGCAACAGUGUUUUAUUUGUGAUGGGAUAAUCCAUAACAUUGGUCAAAUAUUAAAUACCGGUACUUAUCACAUUUUUCUAAAAAUCUCCCUCUGACUCUGAUUUUUUAUAAAAUAUAGGUAUUUUUUCAGAACAGCAUAGAUUUGAGUGGAUUUUUGUACUUCAUAGUUGUUAUCAGCCAGUUAUACAAAUAUUAUUUUUUGUUAAUCAGAACUGUGGAACAGCACACUCUUUAAAAGGAAACUUCAGGUUAGAAGUAUUUUAGGAAUGCAUUUCCAUUUUUGAAAAUGAUAUUAAAACUAUUUGAUUAUGAACAUGAUGCAUAUGAUGCAGACAAUAUUAGUGUUGAAGUGAGCUCACCAAAGUUAAUGUGCCAAUAUAAAGAUAAGAAAAACAAAGGGAGUAUUUUUGGACAAAGUGAAGUUUAAGUAACACUGAAAUGAACAUGAUGUUUUGUAAAAUGUACAAUAUCUUAUUUUGCAGUAAGAUAAAAAUUAAGGAGCAUCUGUUAAUAAAUGGCUUCCUGUGUAUUUUUUAAGACACCUUAAAUUGAAUCAUUUAAAUUAAAUAGUUUGAUAUCUCUAUUAUGAUAAUGGAUUCCUCAUUAUAAGUAUUGGACAAUAAAAGACACCAAAAAUAAAAAUACAAGUUUAAAAAAAA